CUAAAUUUCAAUUUACUAUCACUUUCAUGGAGACCUCGUUCCAUUCUUUUUCACUCAAGCUUUUAAUUGUCUUAAACAUAUUCUUCACCCUCAGCUCCUCUGCACCACUAACCGAUUUCACCACUGAUCGAGAUGCUCUUCUCGCGUUCAAAAAAGCCAUUACUGCCGACACAAGUGGUGCGUUGAGCAAGAAAUGGCUCACCAACACUUCCAUCUGUGACUGGGCCGGCGUCUCGUGUGGCAUCAAACACCAAAGAGUCACAGCCCUCAAUCUCUCCAACUUAGCCCUCCACGGAAUCCUCUCCCCACAUCUCGGAAACCUAACCUUUCUCCAGUCCUUGGACGUCAGCUCCAACAAUUUCACAGGCGUCUUACCCGGUGAGCUGUCUAAACUACUCCGUCUGAAGCAUGUAAACGCGUCAUCUAACAACUUCAUUGGAGAAAUACCAAGAGGUAUCCUUACAAACAUGUCUGCAUUGGAAGAAAUUGUUUUGAAUCAUAACAAGCUCUCGGGUGAGCUCCCAAGUGAUAUAUGCAAUAACACACCGAAACUGAAGAUAUUAUUUCUCAGAGAUAAUCAAAUUUAUGGAAAUAUUCCAACGAGUAUGUGUAAGUGCAGAGAGAUGGAGGAGCUGAGCUUGUCACAAAACCAUUUCAAUGGCAACAUACCAACUGAAAUUGGGAAUUUGAGCAUGCUGACUAUAUUAUCUAUACAUGAUAACCAUCUCCAAGGAAAUAUUCCAUCUUCUAUCUUCAACAUUUCCUCGUUGGAAUUAAUAUACCUCGACCAUAAUAGUAUUUCUGGAAGCAUACCCAUGAAUUUGGACAAUUUAGUCAACCUCAAAGAGUUGUGUCUUAACACGAACAACUUAACAGGUGAGGUACCAAAGCAGAUUGGACAUCUAAUAUCUUUGAAAUAUCUAUCGCUUUUUGAGAACAUAUUGACAGGUUACAUACCAAAUCAAAUCGGGAACUUGUCUUCACUACAAGGACUGGAUCUUUCUUCGAAUAAGUUGGCGGGUUCCAUACCAAAGCAAGUUGGUAACCUCACUUCAUUACUAUUUCUAGAUUUGGGUGGCAAUAAGUUGACAGGUGAAUUGCCGAAAGAGCUUGGAAAUCUAGCAAAGCUCGAGACAUUAGCCACACCCUUCAACGAUUUCUUGACCGGUCCCAUCCACUUUUCCAUAUUCAACUUAUCAAAUUUGAAGACAGUCGAUCUUCAACAGAAUCACUUUUCUGGUGAAAUUCCGACCUCUAUCGUCAAUGCUUCUCAGAUAAUCGCUAUAGAAUUGAACAGAAACUCAUUCACUGGUCCCAUUCCCGACUUCGGUAAUCUAAGACAGCUUGAAGACCUUCGCCUUUGGGAAAAUAAUCUGACUGGAGCAGAAUCGCCAAAUCAAGAACUGGGAUUUCUGUCUUCUUUAACAAAUUGCCCAAAUUUGAAUUGGUUGGAUAUUAGUAACAAUCCGAUGAUGAAUGGUAUCCUUCCGGCUUCCAUUGGGAACUUAUCUACUUCUCUUGUGAUCUUUUCAGCAUCCAACUGCAGCAUCAGAGGCAUUAUCCCUCCAGAAAUUGGAAAUUUGAGGAAUUUGCAGGCCUUGGAUUUAUCCAAGAAUCAACUCACAGGAUCCAUCCCAACCACAAUGGGGAAACUGAAUCUACUUGGAAAAUUAUAUCUUUAUGAUAACCAUCUACAAGGAUAUAUCCCUCAUCAGCUUUGCCAAAACAGUACUUUGGUGGAGUUAGAAUUGAGUCAUAAUGAGCUCACUGGUUCAAUACCUGAUUGUUUGGGAGAUAUUAAAUCCCUCCAAACAGUCUCUUUUGCCUCAAACAAGAUGAAUUCUACACUCCCUUUCAACUUUUUAAAUCUUCCAAAGCUCAUAGAUCUCGACUUGUUCUCAAACUAUUUGAGUGGUCAAAUUCCUGAUCAAAUAGCAAGUUUAAUUGCUAUCACCUAUCUUGACUUGUCCUCUAAUAAGUUUUCAGGCUCUGUUCCCAAAUCGAUUGGCAACUGCGAGAAUCUGGUAUACCUAGGUUUAUCAAACAACAGUUUUGAAGGAGUGCUUCCACAGAGUUUAGGGAACAUCAAGAAAUUGGAGGUCUUGAAUUUAAACCAGAACGACUUUCAGGGAAUCAUUCCGACUACAUUUUCAAAGGGUUGUAGUCUUAAGUCACUCAACUUGAAUGAUAAUAAGUUGGAAGGAACACUACCCCAAUCCCUCUACAACUGUCAAAGUCUGCAGGUUCUUGAUAUUGGAAACAACAGAAUACAAGACACCUUUCCAGUUUGGAUGGAAAAUCUCACUGAUUUUCGGGUCCUCAUAUUGAGAUCUAACAACUUUAGUGGUACCAUUUCUUCUCUCACUUCAAAGCCUAGGCUUCCAUUCUCCAAACUACAAGUUUUUGAUAUAUCCCAUAAUGCAUUCAUUGGUAACCUGCCCUAUCGAUAUCUGAUGAAUUUCAAAGCGAUGAUGGAUGUACAAAAGAAUCAUCGAGGAUUUUAUACAGAGUCAUUCGUAUUGACAGUGAAAGGUUCGGACCUAGAAUAUGAGAGAAUUCUGACAACCUUGACAACAAUCGACAUGUCAUCCAACAGAUUUUCAGGCAGUAUCCCAAUCUCCAUUGGAAGUUUGAAUUCCUUGAUAUAUUUGAAUCUGUCUCACAACUGCCUCACAGGAGGUAUACCUGCAUCUCUUGGAAACAUUAGAGAACUCGAGUCGUUGGACCUGUCUUCAAACCGAUUGGAAGGGAAAAUUCCAACAAAGCUUACAAAACUCACAUUUCUUUCUACGGUGAACUUUUCCAUGAAUAAUCUUUCAGGGAAGAUACCUCAAUCCAGUGGCCAGUUUCCCACAUUUGACAAUACAUCCUAUGUUGGAAAUUCUGGACUAUGUGGAUUUCCAUUAACACGGAAAUGUGAAGAGCCUUUGCCUUCAGAGAUGCUGGAAGAAGGUGAUCAUGAUUAUGGUAUUCUAGAGGGAUUCUGUUGGCAGGCAGUUGUUUCUGGGUAUGGAUGUGGAUUCGUAAUCGGUGUGACUGUGGGUUGUGUGAUUCUUGGGUAUGGAAGGCCUAAAUGGUUGUUGGAAUGGAUCUACAGAUUUUACAGGAUAAAGAUGAGAAGCAGCAGAGGAAAUGUGACACCACAAAGAAGAAGAAGAUAAAAAGGUUGAGCCUUUGAUGUUGAAUAAUGGGUAUUGUUGUUUUCUACUCCCAUUUAUUUGUGUAAUGUUGAAUUGUCUAAGUCAUGUUGCAAGUUCAAGACUCAUAGAAUACUAUAUGAUAAUUUGGCAUCCAUUAUCAAUCAUGACUUGGCUUAUUAAA